AUGGCUGGGAAAAAGGUUAAAAACAUUUACAGAAAAAAGAGAAAAGGCAAACCUUUCUCUGGAAAGCAAAGGUAUAAUAAUAAUUCAACAAAGAGCACUGCAGAUGAUUUUGACUCACCAGCAAGCACAUCACAGGAACAUGUGUCGACCUCAAACCCACCUUCUAGGGCAUCAAGAAGGAAGUUAAAUCAGUGUGGAUCUCUUCAAGAAUCGACUUCAGAGGGUGCUUUUGAAAAUGAAGAAAAUACUGACCAAGGAUAUCGCCUUAUAAACAUUAAGAAACUGGCAUCAUCCAUUUCAGAAGCACAUGUUUGCAAUGAAGGUCAGAAUUUGGUGUAGGUUUUAUGUUCGUGUUAUGUUAUGUUAUGUUAUGUUAUGUUAUGCUAUGUUAUAGUUUCCUAUCUUUUAAUAUACUAUAUGUUUAUAUAUGUAGAGAGUCAUGCACAUGUAUGAUGUGUAUAAUAUAGAUUUGAACACUUUCUCAUGGGAUAUAAAUGAACAAUAGCAUCUGAUCAGCCUUUUGAGAAAUUAUGUUUUUCUAUUUGUAGGCAGCUUCAUUAUUCAAGAACAUCCGGUUGGAAAAAGAGGUCUUCAAUCUGAUUUAACUGCGACCUGUAGUUCUUGUGAAGAAGAAUCAUCUUUGGAGACAUCCUUCUUUGUGGGUGGGAGAGGGAAGUCUGCUGAUGUAAACCGUCGCGCUGUGUACUAUUCGAUAGAGACGGGUGGUGGAUACGAAAGUCUUGAAUCUUUCUGCAACAUCAUGAAUAUGCCAUGUAUGAGCAAAACUUCCUACUAUCAACAUUUAGAAACAAUUUUAAAUGCUCUUGAGGCUGAAGCUAGGGAAGAGAUGAAACAAGCUGCAGAACGACUCAGAGAACGAAUUAUAAAGGAAAACAGUUGUGGAGACAAGACCUCAGUUAUAGAUGCUGCUGUUAGUUUUGAUGGCACUUGGGCAAAACGUGGCUUCGCAUCUCUCACUGGAAUUGUGUUUGUGAUAUCUGUGGAUACUGGGGAAGUACUUGACUAUCACGUAGUCCCCAAAUCGUGCCAGAUAUGUAGCUUGUAA